GUGUUCAUAAUAUGUCUCACACAUAAGUAUAUUCGAAUAUGGAUUCCUUAUUAUUUCAGCUAAAGUUAUGUUUCCUUGUCGUUGUUGUUGAUGAUGCUCAGGGUACAUACAAUGUCGCCUUCGGUAAAACUGCUUCGCAGAGCAGCAACUACGAAACACCCCUAGAUCUUGCCCCAACGGCGGUUGAUGGUUAUGUCGGGAAUGGCCGUAUGGCUAGCCGUUCGUGUUUUCAUACGAAGAGAGAGUACCAACCGUGGUGGAGGGUGGACCUACAUCAAGACUACUACAUCACCAGUGUCGUUGUAUUUAACCGAAUGGACUGCUGUUCUGAACGGACAAGGAACAUUAAACUUACAAUCGGUAAAAGUUUGGACUCGAUGAGUCAGGCUGGAUACCUAGAUGGCGGGUUGACCAUUCAUACGUUCACCGUUGACCCACCAUUGGUAGGACGUUUCGUGCAAUUGCAGCUAAAUGGGAUAACGGAGUUUCUCCAUCUAUGUGAGGUAGAAGUCAUGGCAUAUCCCUCAGGAACGAGGAAUGUCGCCCUCGAUAAAACUGCUUCACAGAGUAGCAACUACAAUGAUCCCAUAUGGCUCGCUCCAACGGCGGUUGAUGGUAAUAUCGGGAACAACGAUAUGGCUAGUGGUGGAGGGUGGACCUACAUCAAGACUUCUACAUCACUAGUGUCGUUAUUCAUAACCGACUGGACAAAAACGUAGCUGAACGGGCAAGGAACAUUAAACUGACAAUCGGUAAAAGUUUGGACUCUACGAGUCAGGCUGGAUACCUAGAUGGCGGGUUUACCACUACUCAUACGUUCACCGUUGAUCCAUCAUUGGUAGGACGUUUCGUGCAAUUGCAGCUCAAAGGGAUAACGGAGUGUUUCCAUCUAU